AUGCCCAUCGCCCUAUCUCCUCCGACCCGGCCCAAGAACGGCUUGACCAAAUUUACCAACUGCCGGCUGGUCAAAGGCGAUGCGUUGGUUACCGAGGACCUUUGGGUCAGCUCAAUAACGGGCAAGAUCAUCAACAGCCAGGCCACCUUCUUCGAUGAGUUGAAUCUUCCCGAUAAGACCAUCGAUCUUGGUGGCCGUAUUAUUUCCCCCGGCAUGAUCGAGUGCCAGCUCAACGGAGCUUUCGGCUUCAACUUCUCCACGCUGCUCGAUGACAUGUCUCAAUAUGGCAAGAAGGUCAACGAAGUGAACAAGCUGCUCGUCCAGACCGGCGUUACAUCAUACAUCCCGACCAUUACCAGUCAACGGCCAGAGCUAUACCAAAAGGCCCUCCCCUUCCUUGGACCAUCUGGAGCAAACAGAAAUGCACACGAAGGUGCCGAAUCACUCGGUGCUCACUGCGAAGGACCAUUCCUGAAUCCUACAAAGAAUGGAGUCCACAAUAUCGACGUGCUCAUAGAGGCACAAUCAUUCACUGAUAUUGAGGCUUGCUAUGGCGCUGAGAACUUGCGGCCUCAGAGCGAGGGUGAACCGAUCCCAAUCAAGAUGAUUACCGCUGCCCCCGAGCGCGGGUCGAUGAUGAAACUCAUCCCUGAGAUUGCAUCGCGAGGCAUCAUUUAUUCUGUUGGCCACUCCGAGGCCACGUAUGAGGAGGCGUCUGAGGCCGUGGGCCGUGGUGCGACCAUGAUCACCCAUCUUUUCAACGCUAUGCGGCCUCUUCACCAUCGUAAUCCCGGCAUCUUUGGUGUUCUUGGCAAAGCCGAAAACCUGGCACGUCCCUACUUUGGCAUCAUUUCUGACGGAAUCCAUCUUCACCCGACAACCAUCAAGAUCGCCUUCAAUGCGCAUCCUGACGGCUUCAUCCUCGUCACCGACGCCAUGCACCUUGUUGGCCUGCCCGACGGCGCCUACCCUUGGACCAACGGCGAACAGACGUGCAAUAUUAUCAAGAAGGGAUCCAAGCUGUUGCUGGAGAACUCGGAUACCAUUGCCGGAAGCUCCAUCACGUUGCUUGAAUGCGUCAAUAACUUCCUGGAGUGGUCCGGCACGGGUAUCCCUCAAGCUCUCAAGGCCGUGACCGCAACCCCCGCAGCCAUGCUGGGCUUUCAGGGCAUCAAGGGAUCUCUGGAAGCCGGCGCCGAUGCUGAUCUCGUCAUUUUUUCCGAAGAAGAAUCCACGACAGGCUCUGGAUCAAAACAGCUAGUCUUGGACGAAGUCUGGAAGUUUGGCGGUCUGCUGCACACGGCUAACCGCACCAAGGCUUUAUGA